AUUUGACACUCAACUCAACCUUCAUCCUGCUUACUGGUACGGCAAUCUCAGACUCCACGGCAGGAAUACUAGGUCUCCAGGUAAAGCUGCUCUUCUGACACGUCUCUCGCCGAAUCCGGGACUUGAUAGGGAGACCCCGAAUACGCAUACAAGGAUUCAGACAACUGGUCGCUCCAUGGUAAGCAUCUGGUCCCAUGCCCCGUCCUCUUCUCCAUCACCCGCAUCUCCUGAGCCUGACGGUCUGUUCAAUUGGGCAUCUUGAUCAACAGUGGUUGAUUGUAAAGUCAGCAGAAGAGCCUCUAGUCGACCUUGAAAUCCACAUGGUAGCAACCGAGAUCCCACACGUCUCCGUCUACUUCCAGUGGAUUCCUUGACCAACCCUUCGUUGGGCCCUCCACCACUGGGAGACCCUCGACACUGCCUGAGAGAGAGAGAGAGAGACUGUCUCCUCUUAGCCGUGAAACCACUGGCAUAUUCGCUAUUCACCUAUAAGUUAGCUCUCGCACGGAUCUCACAGUUAAUCCGCAACGCAAGGCAACUAUCGAGGUAACUUUGGUGAGCUGAGAACAACUAUUUAGGGGCGUUUCUCAUACUUUGCCGCCAAAAACGGCUACAUGAGAAGCGUCAAUCUCACUAACCAAAUAGAUAGGCGAGUGGAAACAACAUUGGGCCCAAGCCCAGCACCCACGAUGAACGACAACAGGAACCUAACAACUGCCCAGAGGGGCCUGAACUCUCCAGAUCCGACGACUGAGGAUCCCACAGAGAAUAUUAUGGCCGGUUCCCGGGCGUCCAUGGGUGUUCCGACGCCUGUCGGAGGCGAGCACUCACCUGCUCGCCCCCAGCCGCAUCCACAGCCCUAUUUGCAGCCGGUCUUACGACCAUACCGAGAGUCUCGCUUUCAGGAGGAGGUCCCCGAAGACGCCCCCCAGCAGGGUAGCCACCGUAGAAGCCUUAACACUGCCCCGUCACAAGCUGAUCAUCGCCGUACGCGUUUCCGCUGGAAUGAUCGGGAGCAGUGCCUAUCCCUAAUCACAGAGAAUGGUGUGCUGAACCACAAUAGUCGUGAUACGAUGAUGGUAGAUAUCGUCGAGGACACUAUCCAGACAGCCCUUGAAGUACCGGCCACCACCGCUCAAUCUUGAAGACGCCCACGGCUAUGCUUCAGUUGGUGGAUAUACAGACGUCCAACCUAUUCACUAUCCUAUAUCUUCUCAGCGGGUGAGCACGGUACGGCCUCUCGAGGGCCCUUCGUCUUCAAUCUACCCAGACAGUGCCCGCUACCAGGCCCAGUCUUAUAGCCCUCUUAGCGUCGCUAGUCCUCACGCAGACGUCGAAGGAUCCGAAACAGAACAGGGCGAUAUCAUUAUCUGCUACGAGGGCUGGCGUGAGAAGAAGGCGGGUGGCGAGGAACCAACGCGCCCUGCCGAAGGCCAUCCUCACUCGGAGAACAAUCACUUCCCUCGUCCAAAUGAAACCGCCCCGGCCGGAGAGCUUUCUCUCUCACAUCUUCGCCCUACCCUACCGAAAUCCACAACUCAGGGCGAUAUCCCC